AUUACACAUGUGGCAGUGGAAAUACAGGUUUCAUGAUGUAGCUGUUCAACAAGAUCUAACAACAAGAUCAGGUAGGAAAUACCAUCUGCUGCGGAUAAUGUAAAGAACGGUAAAGAUGGUGGUGGGAAAAAGGUAGUGGGAGUAUAAAGUGCCAUUAAUUCCGUUGCUCGUCAGGUCAGUCUCCACUCUCUCUCUUUUCGCACAGAACGGUUUCUCCCUUCUCAGCAGAAUGUGCAAGUACAGCAUAAGCAUAGCACCAUGUAUUGUCUUGUUUUAUCUACUAUGUGUUACACAUGGGAAAUGGAUCGGGAGAAAUAACUUAAAACAAACAUCCGAUGAAUUUGAUGUCUUGAUAUUUACUCAGCGAUGGCCAUUAACAGUUUGUUUCGAAUGGGAAAACAAGUCGCGGCUAAACGACACGCACAGUUGCGUGUUACCAAAGCGUACCGAGUGGACCAUUCAUGGAAUUUGGCCUACGAAAUAUAACACAACAGGCCCGCAGUUUUGUAACAGGUUACCAUUUGAUUCAAAAGCUAUAGCACCCAUAGAAGGAGAAUUAAAAGAAAACUGGAUCGAUAUACAAAAAGGGUCUAAACCUUAUUCGUUCUGGAGACAUGAGUGGGAUAAACACGGCACUUGUGCAAUCUCAGUAAAAGAUUUAAACAAUGAAUUUAAAUAUUUCCAAACAGCUUUAAAAUUACUCGACGAGUACAAUAUGAUAGACGUACUUGCGAAAGCAAAUAUCUUGCCUGGUAACAAAUAUACGGUACAAAAUUAUUUAACGGGAAUUCAAAAGAUACUAAAUAAAAGGGGACAAGUAAUGUGUGUGGUUGACCAGAAAACGAAAAAUUCAUAUGUAAACGAGAUAAGAAUUUGUUUUAACAAGACAUUACAACUGGUAGACUGUGAUGGCAUAUAUAAUUUCCCUACCAACUGUAAAUCUCAAGAGAUAAUAUAUCCAAAUCUCAUACCACGUUACCACAGAUAUAACGUAAAACAGAUAUAAUGAGCAUUACUGGCUACAUCAUUCCGCCUUCUUCUGAACGAUCACGACUGCUGAGGGUACUAGGCCUGCAAAUAAAAGAAGUGCCAUAUCUUCAGGAAAAGUCUUUAUAUAUAUAUACUAAAUAUGUUAAAUAAUCACAAUGACAAUGAAUUAUCACAUUACAGCUGAUAAAAUUGCAUAAUUAAUUAAUAGAACUGCAUCCGUUGCAUCAAUAAGCAAUAAUAGAAAUUAU